AUGCAAGUUGCCGAUAUGAGACUAAAAUUAGAAAAAUCCGGUGGCUGCGAACAACCCGCCAUUCCUUUCUUCCCUGCCAGCAACAUCUCAUCCAGGAGAACUAUCCUGUUUCCCUUAUAUUUUUACCUUGAUCUAACCGUCUCUCAGUGAUCUGGGUCCCGCUGGACCAUUCAAUACAAUGUCCGUCAGACGGAAUGGCCAACUGGCUCCGUGUGAGCCCUGUCGCAAAGCAAAGCUCCGUUGCGACCAUUCCAUGCCCGUAUGCCAGAGAUGUGCGCGCAGAGGCAAAUCCGAGAGCUGUGUCUAUCAUCAGGGCCCGAUGAGUCGCACCUGGUACAGUAAUGAUGGCAUAUCGCCCUCCGCAUCACCCCAUCCUAAGACCAGCUCCGAGCCAAUUCUGCAAGCCCGGUCUUUCGCCAACUGGGAUGCGCAGGUGCCUGUGCGCUCCUCCUCCAGGCUACAGGGGCUGACGAGUUACUCGGCUGUAUUUGGUGAGAGUGAUGAUCGUCUGAAUAGGGCUUUGCGUAUCGAUGCGCCUGCUGCCCUUCGCUCGGCUCCGACGACACCAGAUCCCAGACAGGUACAGCGGGGUGCGCGGUUGCUUGUUCUGCUGUUUGAACACCUUCCUCUGUACGAGAGACUUGCGGAGACUUCCUUGGAGCUGUCGCCCGAAGGGUCUCUUCUGGGUUAUCGACUCGUGAGUAUACUGAUCAGGUCUCUGAAGGACACCUACGAAGCUUGGACAACCGACGCAAAGGAUCCAAAUGCUCAGUUUGCGAAUAUGCUGGGCUGGUCACAGAAGAUAUUCGAUAAUGGUUCGAGGACUAUUGACGUCCAUCCGCCCAUGGCUCCGGAGGACUUCAUUCGCGCUGUGUCGGGCACAUGGGAGGGUAUCGGACUGGUCCUUUCAGUUAUCGGCCAGGGUGCCAUGUUGGAAAGGGACUGGAAGUCUAUCUAUGAGAUGGACGGCACCGUGUCUAGAGAUCAGAGGUCUAUAGCUGUCAUGGCUGCUGCCGCUAGCGAUGCCUGUCUACAGUUUUGUGAUAACUUUGGCACCGUCCAUGAUCCGCUGGGUUGGCUGCUAUUUCAGCACAUACAUCUGUUGAUCCUGGUCUACGGGGACAAUGAUUACCGGCCUUGGAGAAAACUGGCCGAAUUAUCGAACGUCGUCUUCACCCUCGACCAGUCCAAGCAGAGCGCGCAACUUCCGUUCUUUCUGAUCGAGCUGCGCAAGCGGCUUAUGGCUGGCGCAUAUGGAAUCGACAAGCGAUUGGCAACAUUCCUGGCGAGGCCACCACAGAUCAGUUGGAGAUACUGUGAUAUGCAGCUUCCCUUGGACUUGAGCUACGAUGAGAUCCUGGCGGCGCCUGAGACCCGAGAGGCUGCGAUCAGUAAACUUGACCUAAGCGGAUGGAAUACCAAGGGUGUUAUUCAUAAAGCUGCAUGGCUGCGCAUUUCACUUCUCGUCGGUUCAAUCCGAGAGCAAGUCCUGGAAUUGUCUCUGAGCCGCCAGGUUGAGGAUCUGCCGCUGAAAGUGAGUGAAAUAUCGCAAAACUCUCGCAGGACAUGGGAUGAACUCCCGGGCUUUCUUCAUUGGCGUCCUGGCGUAGAAAGCUCCAUUCUCCACAGCAGCGUACUGAUCCCUAUGAACCUCGAAUUCCUCUAUAACGAUUUUCUGCUCUAUCGUAUUCUUGUCAAACGCGCCCAGACUGGGUAUGAAUCUCUGAUCGGUAUCUCGCACGAAAUCCUGAAAACGACUCUCGAGCUCAUCGGAAAGGAAAUCGGGUCUGGAACGGGCACGUACAGCGUAGGAUGGAAUGCGUCCUCCUUUGGCAUACCUGCCGCUGGCGUCCUCGCAAUGGAACUGCUGCGCCAAAGCGGAUACCUGUCUCAGUCGUCGCCUCCCAACAUCUCACACAGACGAUCCGAAAUCAUCCAGAACCUGAGUAUCUUCGCCUCGCAUCUGCAGUAUGUCGUACGGCCUCAUGACGGCAACUACGAUAUUUGCCAGUACUCGCGGCGGAUUAUUUGCCGGAUCCUCGAUCGUAUUUUGUCUGUCAACCUCCCGGCAUUGUCAUCCCCUCUACCUGCUGAGGUGCUGGCGACAGACUGGUUGAAUGGCGAGUCGAUUUUGCUGGACGAUGGGACGGACUUUCUUACAUGGGUUGAUGGGCUGAAUUCUAACGCGCAAUGAAUUUCGGAUUUCAGACGAAUUAUAUGCUUAUGAAUAGUCUUUUCGGGGCUUUGGAUGGAUGUACAUGGAAAAAUCAUCGUUGACUACGGCCACAUUUAUACUUUCACAGCCACCAGAAUGGAAACCCUCUGCUUUACUCUAUUCAAAUAAAAUCCUAGUUCAUAGAAAUAUCCAAGAUUCA